AUGCUCGCCAGAUGCAUUGAGCGAGGCGUACAGGUCCACAACCCAGCCAGAGCUGUAUCCACGACCAAAGAUUCAGAAUCGGGAGUGAUAUCUGAGGUGGUCAUAGAAGAUACCAAGGCUCACACAAGACGCAGCCUCCCAUGCACUAAUAUUGUCUUUGCUGCUGGGCCGUGGACUCCUCGGGCGUUCAGCUCACUCUUCCCGCUUUCCAAGGCGCAUAUUCCCGUCUUGUCGCUCUCCGGGUACUCUCUUGUGUUCCGCUCUCCUCGCCAUACCUUGAGCCAGGAGCAAGAGGUCUAUGGAGGGAAGAGUCAUGCAGUAUUCACCACCCAUCCGCAGUCGUGUGGGUUCAGCCCAGAGGUAUUCUCUAGAACCAACGCGGAGAUAUACCUUGCAGGUCUGAACGGACUGGACAUCCCGCUGCCGGAGGUAGCCACUGAUGCUCAUUCUCUCAUGACAAAGGACAAAUUAGCCCGUGUGAGAGAGGCAGCUCGUAUACUGAUGGGUCGUCCCCAAGACGGCCUGGAGGGAGAAAACAUCGACGAUCUAGAGGUGGUUCGAGAGGCUCUCUGCUUCCGCCCGUAUAUAGAAUCCGGGCUGCCGAUCGUUACCCGUCUGCAGGAUUCCAUCACAGGGACUGCAGGCCGGGUUUCUGGUGGGCUGUUCAUGGCCACCGGGCAUGGUCCUUGGGGUAUCUCGCUCAGUCUGGGGACGGGUAAGGUGAUGGCAGAGAUGAUUUCCGGCAUGGAGCCCAGUGCCGACGUGAGCAGACUUGGCUUAGCCGCAGACCUGGCUCGCAGCAAGCUCUAA